AUGAGAGCAGUACGCUUCCAUGGACGACGUGAUAUCCGCAUUGAUGAGGUGGAAGAGCCAAUUCGACCUGCCUUUGUCGGAAUAUGUGGCAGCGAUAUCCAUGAGUAUCUUGCUGGCCCAACGAUCGUCCCUGUCACUCCACACCCAAUAACCGAGGGGAAGCUGCCGACCACUUUGGGUCAUGAGUUCAGUGGUACAGUUGAAGAGGUCGGAUCAGGCGUUACAGGGUUCAAGGUCGGGGAUCGGGUUGUAGUCAAGCCCAACCUCUUCGACGCCACGUGUUCGAACUGUUUGAUGGGCAGGUUCAAUUGCUGCGAGAAUGUGGGAUUCAUCGGGUUCAGCAGUCAGGCGGGUGGUUUAUCGGACCACGUAGUCGUGGACAGCAGAUAUGCGAUCUCGCUACCCGAUUCCAUUCCCCUCGACGUCGGUGCACUGGUGGAACCCCUUGCCGUCGCAUGGCACGCUGUAAGCGGCAGUCCUCUGCAGACAAAUGACACGGUACUUGUGGUCGGGGCUGGACCAAUUGGUUUGGCUAUUAUCCAGGUGUUGAAAGCCAAAUGUGUUAGCUCGAUUAUUGCUGUGGAGGUCUCUGAGCGGCGACGAGAAUUUGCCCUGACCCUGGGCGCCACUGAGGUCCUCAAUCCUUUUGAUGUAGAUGCGGUUAUGCAGAUACGUGCUUUGACAGGGAAUGUGGGUGCAGAUGUUGCAUUCGAGUGCUCUGGGGCUCAAGCUGGCCUCGAUACUGCGAUAUCUGGUCUUCGGGUGCGUGGGACGACGGUCGUCGUUUCCUUAUGGGAACACAAACCUACUAUUGAUGCUUUUGCUGUUGUCUUCCAGGAGAAGCGGGUGGCAGGUGCUGCUCUUUCUGAUGAUGUUGACUUCGAGGCUGUGAUUGAUGCAAUUGCUUCCGGUAUGCUCGGCUUCUACCCAAUUUCUGCCUUCACUUCUUAUUUAGGCAGUAUUCAGCCUCACCCAAUGAUCACUAGUAAGAUCCGAAUGGAGGAUGUGGAUGAGGGGGGUUUAAAGCUCUCAUCGAACAGAGAGAUACGCAUGUAA